CGGCCGCAGCGCGCCCCGUCAUGCCCGGAGCGGCCGCGCUGGGCGCCGGCCCCGAGGCCGAGGAGAGCUACGACUUCCUCUUCAAGCUGGUGCUGAUCGGCGACGCCAGCGUGGGCAAGACCUGCCUGGUGCAGCGCUUCAAGACCGGGGCCUUCUCCGAACGCCAGGGCAGCACCAUCGGCGUGGACUUCACCAUGAAGAGCCUGGAGAUCCAGGGCAAGCGGGUGAAGCUGCAGAUCUGGGACACGGCAGGCCAGGAGCGCUUCAGGACCAUCACACAGAGUUACUAUCGCAGCGCCAACGGGGCCAUCCUGGCCUACGACAUCAGCAAGAGAGGCUCCUUCCUGUCCAUCCCUCGCUGGAUCGAGGAUGUCAGGAAGUACGCCGGCUCCAACAUCGUGCAGUUACUGAUUGGAAACAAGUCUGACCUAAGUGACCUUAGAGAGGUUCAGCUGGAAGAAGCUCAGAGCCUGGCUGAACACCAUGACAACAUCAUCUGUGCCAUAGAGACCUCUGCGAAGGACUCCAGCAACGUGGAGGAGGCUUUUGUGAAGAUGGCCACAGAGCUGAUGAUGAGGCAUGGAGGGCCCAUGUUCAGUGAGAAGAACACUGACAGCAUCAAGCUUGACAGCAAAGACGUUGUGGAAGGCUGGGGGUGUGGUUGCUGAUAAGAGCUAGCUGAUAUCCCUAGCUGUACUGGAAUUUAGACGGUGCUUCACCCUAAUGCUGAGUAGCAUGGUAGCCAUAUUCUCCUCCUCCUCCUGUGAAACCAGCAAUUUUGUAGAAGUUAGACACAAUCCUGUUUGCUUCGGUGUCUUAAUUUUAAAAAGGGACUUUGGAGAAAUAGUCCUAAAAGUCAAACCCUCUGAAAAACUUACUCAACAUUUGUCCCCACCAUUUUAUUUUCUGUAAGCUUCAUACGAGUUACAAAAACGGAGGAAACGACUUUGAACUUGGUAUUUUGGGGUGGGAAGACAUUUGGUUGGGGGAAGAGGCUGAUGCAAACCCAAAGGUCUGAGCAUUUAGCGUGGGUCUGGUGGCAAAGGAGAUCACUUUUGGAAUAGGCAAUCUUGACAGUGUCUCCUUAAAUCCUCAGCGCUGCACUAGUGACCAGAAAGUGUCAGUGUCUUUGAUAGUGGUAUUUCAAGGGUCAUAAUAGCCAAGAUUUUGAUGACAGGACCAAAUAGCAGUCACCUGUCCUAGGGCAUAUAAAUUGCUAGUUGCUGUUGGAGCAGGCCCAGGUGGGGGAGCUUCUCUCAGGUUUUGUUAUCAUUUGAAGUUAGUGUUUUAACAGAAAGCAAAACCAGCCUGAGCGCUAUCGCAAGCAGGGCUGGACCAGGGCAGGGAUUUAAAACAGCCUUGAGGAGAGGGAAGGUGCAUUUCAUUUCCUGUUGUUUGCACAGUGGUAGCUCCUUCUUCCAAGUGGAAGCAUUUCCAGAGAUUUUGCCCUCAGGUCUCAUCAUUUCAUUCCACAACUCAAGACCUGCACCACUGGAAAGAGAAACCGGAGAAACCUUGAGCUGACUGUAGCCAAGAUCUCUUCCCAUGUGCCUAAAGGUCAAGUACAGGGUUCAUUCUGGUCAAACAUUUGAUGUUGUGUUACCAGAGUGCAUAAGUGGCAUAAGUGGAUUUGAUUUUUUUUAUUGGUUUUGUUUUUUAAACCAUCUCUUUUAAGUACUACAUGGGCAUAUAAUGGGAAAGAAGACCUCAGAAUAGCUGAGAACUGCAUGAUUGCAACUUCUUGGCUGUGAAAAACCAGCAUUGAGUGAUUCCCUCCCAGCUUUGUACCCAGAUGUUCCCCUCUCCCUAACACAAGUUACCAGUUGCUUUUCAUUUCUUUAAAACACUCAGCAGGAAAAAUCUUUCACAGUGGAUCAAAAUCUACAUAAAGUAAAACAGAUUUUAUAAUCCAGUUAUUUCAGAUGCAGCCCUGUAGAGUUUCUUGUAGAUGUAGCUGAGGUACUGAUGGAUUCCUCUGCAUUUACACUCUCAGGCACCUUACAAAAGUGUAUUUGCAAAGAGAGCAGGGGCAGCAAUCUUUAACUCUGCAGAUAAAGCAAAGGUGUUCAGGAAUGGCAAGCAAUUCUGGUCAUUUGAAGGAGUUACUUUCAAAAAGCACCCAUUUGAAAUCACUUGACCCUGAAAAAUCCAGAUCAAAAAGGACUUGAAUUGUUUUGCUACUAGGCCUGCACCAGUUUAGUCAUCCAACAUAUCCAGUGCCAUGAAAAUUAGGAAGAUUUAGGAAAGGGCUAAUGGAUACCAAUUUUAAUACUAUUCAUCUUCCUGUAGCAAAUACUAAACCAUUUUCUGAUCUUUCUGGUUUUUUUUUUAAACUGUGAGGUAGAUAACUGAGGAGUAGUGUGUGCUUUGUAGCCUGUUUGCUUCUACCUAAGGGGUUAGUUUUCAAAUUUUAUAGUUGGGGGAAUGAAAAGGCCUUAAGUUUUUCAACUAGUAUAGUUUUCACAAUUCUGAUACUUUCUACAGAAGGGCAGGCUGAGCUGCAGUAUUGGUAGUGUUUUUGGAUAGUUUUCCAGAAUAUUCCUACUUCCAAAGAUAGCAGGCAAUAAAUGUCCAGCUAGACAUUUGGGGAUUUGAAAUUGGGAAUGGGAAUGAAAAUGGGAAUUUUCCAAACCCUAG